AUGGUUGAACCCGAGAAGAAAGAUUAUCCACCUAAUCUUGAAGAUACGGUUCGAAACCUUCGAGAAGAAAAUGCCAAACUUUUACAAUUACUUCGUUCUCAAGGGCUCCUGUUUGAUCCACCACCAGCAGCAACAGCCGUUGAUGAUAAGACAGAUGACCCAACAAAUAUUAUAUUUGAUAAUUCUGAUAUAACAUUAACAACAAAUUCAAUAAAUACAACAAAUCAAAUAACACAUCAACAUGUUAAUAAUCAUGGUCCAAUAAAUCAACAAAAUUAUUCUGGUCAAGUUGUUCAUGGUAAUCAAUCAAAUAUAACACCAAAUUUCAAUACAGUUAUACAAACGACAACACAACCAUUUGUACAAAAUAAUUCUAAUACACUCGUACAAAAUAAUACAAAUUUAAUACAACCAAUUAAUUUAGUCAAUUUUAACAAUGUUAGUUUGGAUUCUAUACAAUCAUUUUUUGCUUCGCAAAAUAAUCUUGUAUAUUUAUCUCAACCAUCUUCAUCAUCAUCGACGACAACAACAACUACUACAACAACUUCAAAUAUGAAAUUUAAUAAUGAAACUGAACAACAUCAAAUAUCUAUUCGACCAAAACCAUCGAUUAUACCACAACAACUACCUGAUUUAACACCUGUUUUACCUAAAGUUAAAAAUGAAUAUUAUGAAAAUAUGUCAAGACAAUUGUCAUCCUCAAAUAGUGAAACGACAAAUUUACUCGACAAUGAUUUAAAUCAUAAACAACCAAGACCUAUUCGUCCUAAACCAUCAUCAAGAAAUAAUCCUUUACAGGUUUAUGCUCCCGUUAUUAUGAAUGACACAAAACCUUCAAAUACAAAUGUCCUAACACCCCCAUCAUUAAUUAACAAUACGACAACGUCGUCAACAGUAUCUUUACUUUCUCCGUCGAGAUCGUUCGAUGAACACCACAUGGAUACAUCUCCUCAAUUUAUUCAAUCGAAAUCCAUGGAUGUAUCAGCUGCACCAACCAAUAACCUUCUGACAUCAACAAAAAAACCUAAUAAAAAUGCUGCAAGAAAUCGUAAAAAAACUGGUCCAGCACCUGUAGUUGUUCCAGCAAAUAAUUCAACACUUAUUCCUAUUGCGCCAAAUCCCGGUCGACCAUUAGCACCAGCACCUGUCAACGUUCAACGUAUUGUAGCAACCAAUAAACGCUCAGUAACAAAUAAGAAAUCGAAUUCAAAAACAUUCAUGGAAUAUCAUAGUGAGAGUAUUAUACAACAAAAUUCGUCGCCAACAAAUUCAUUUGCUGAAUCAAUAUCGGGUUUAAUGCAAAAUUUUGAUCAAGAAUUAAUGGCAGCAAAUUUUCUAACACAACCACCAACAACAAAUAUUCUUUCGAAUGAUACAUCAAAUAAUGUAAAUAUAAUUCGAACAUUAAAUAAUAUUGAUGUGCGACACAUUGUUAAUACAACAAUACAACGAAAUGAUUCCUAUCAAUCAAUGCCAACCAUUGAUGAAUUUAAUGAUCGACUCGAAGGUGAUGUAAAUCAAACAAUACAAGAUUAUAAUGUUGAUAAUGAACAAAUAACAUCAUUUAUGAAUGAAGAAGAUAUGCGUUUUGCUGAAAUGAAUUUUGAUGAAAAUACGUUUUUAAAGCAAUUUGAUUUAGAUGAUGCUGGAAUUAAAUUAAAUGUUCAUUCUGAACAAAAUAUUUUUACUAGUCUUUUAACAAAUACUCAUCAUCUGAAUACAUCAGUGGAACAAGCCAAUCCAUCAUCGCUACCUCCACCAUCUUCUCUUCCUCCUCCUUCAAUUUAUCCAGGUUCAUCAUUAAUUAAUAAUAACAUUUUUACCACUGUUGUUCCAUUGGGUUUACAACAGCAGUCCUCGAAUAAUCAUACAUACAAUCAUAAUGCGUCUAGAUGUUUACCAGAAGAAGGUGUUCAACUAACUGCUCGUCAUAUUGAACCAAGUCAAGUUGCAACUUAUGAAUCAGUAAAAUAUCAAGAUAUUCUUGACGAUCUAGUUACUGUAACUGAUCAAGAUGUAUUAAGUCACGUACAAGCUGCUGCCGCUAAUGAAACAACAGUAAUUUCAACCGAUUUUUCUUUUGCUUUACUCGAAGCAACGAAUGAAAUAAUAAAAACAACAGAGAUUCAAGGUGCCGAAGAAACAGCAUCUGCUUUUGUUGAUUUGCAAUAUUUUUAUCCUAUUGAACAAGAACAAGAAUUAUUACAAAAACAAUUAGAAGAAUGUGAACAAAAAGACGAACCAGAAACAUCUACUAUUCUUGAAGAAAAAUUUCCAACUGAACUAUUAUCGUCUACUGAAUCACCAAAAUCGAAUGAGAAUCCAACAAUAACUGAUCUUGCAUCAAUCAUACAAAUAAAUCAAACUAAUUCACCCUCUCCUACUACUGAAACUGCAUCAACAAUUGAUUAUGAUGCUCUACUACCUCCUUCUCCUUCUCUACCACAAUCGGCACCGCCGCCUCCACCGGCACCACCACCAGUAUCGGCACCGGCACCAGUGGAAUUUCCAAUGGUAUUCGACAAUACUUCUCGAAAAGCAUGCAUCAUAUUUGAACCUAUACUGUCUCCAAUAAAUUCUCUUUCUCCGAUCAAACCUGCAUCGCCAAUUAAUCAUUCAUGUUCACUCGAUCAUCCAUCUCCAAUAAAUCCUCCAUCAUCUGAUAAGCCAGCAAAAGACGAAAUGAUUCUUGAUUCUGGCUGUUUAAUGAAUUCAUUUAUUGAUAAACCUAAUACAUUGAAUAAUGAUGAAAUCGAAGAACUAUUAAAUGAAUCAUCAGAUAAUCCAUAUGAAAUUAUUGAAAACGCAGGUCAUACAUCUCCGUCGAAUGAUUUAACUAUCGAAAAUCUUGAUCAAUUAGUUGAACAAAUUGAACAACCAACUGGAAAAGUUUUAGAAAAAAACUUUUUACGAUAUCAACAAAUUUAUCAUGAUAGUUUAAAGAAAAAACCUAAAGAACAGUACGCGCCAAUUCCAUCUGUUAAAUUAAAACUAAAUUCAAUUUAUAUCAAACAUAAGAAGAAACGAAAAUCAUCGCCUUCACCAGUUCCUAUAGCAGAAGAUAUACGGCCACCAUUGAAAAUAAAAAUUACCACAAAAUUACCACCACGGCCACCACCACCACCACCAUCUCCACCACCGCCACCUCUGCCAGCUAUUCUUCCAACUGUUUCGCCAGAAAAACCAUUAUUACCAAAAAUAAAAAUACGUAAACCAAUCAAGAAACUUAAACGUAAAAAGCCAUCAACACCUUCAAUAGAUGAUCAAUUAGAACGUGAAGCAAAACUUUCAUUAAAAACUGAAUAUGCUGGUCUAACACGUUUUGAACAAUCAUUAGCGCAGCUUUAUCAUCAGCAAUCAUCACCUGACACACAAAUCCCUCCAACACCAGGAGAAAAUGAAGAUUUAACCAUUGUUCCUAAUAAACAAGAUACACCACCAACACAUGAAAUGAAACUAAAUUCAACAUCGCCAUUAAAUCAAAAUAAAAAAUUAACACAUUUACUAAAUUAUGAUGAUGGACCAUUGAACAAUAAUACAUUUAUAACACCACCACCAGAUAUUGAUGUCAAUAUUCAACAACAGAAAAUUUCGAAUGAUUUCUAUCAAAAUUCAAAGAAACCAAAAAGAUCCCAACAAAAUUCGUUUAACAAUAGAGAAUAUUAUCCGUCAACAACAAGGAAUACACAAGUUUUACCCAGAUCACAACCAUCACCAAUACAUCUUGAUCCGUAUUCACAAUCAUAUCAUCAUUAUGAUCCAAGAAAUACACCGUUUUUUAAUUUUCCUUUUCCAAAUCCAUUUAUGAAUGCACAUCCAACAGCAACAUCAUCGCAUUUUCAUCAUAAUCCAAUGAAAUAUCACUAUCCGACUCAUAGUUAUCCAGCACAUCAACAGCAAUAUUCCUAUCAUCCCCAUUUACAACCACAACAACAGUAUAAUAGUGCGAACUAUAUGUCCUCUCAUGAUCAUCAUUCAUUCGACAGAUAG